GCAUCCUCGCCACUUCGGUCCAGAGUGUCCGCUCGAGCUCACCUGACCUCUGACACAAAGCUUCAUUUGACUCUGGACUCAACUGAACUGUCAGGGCUUUGGACCGAGUGAAACUGAGCCACAGAGCGCGAGGACAGUCCAGUUAAAGAUCUCCUGGUUUCAGUUCAGUGACAUCAUCACCUAAAGACAAAGCAGUGGAAUAUCAAGACUCAACAAGAAGAGACUUACAUAGAACCAAGAGAAAUCACAUCACAGUCUGCCAUGGCAACCACAGGCAUGCAGCUGCUCGGCCUCAUCAUGUCCAUCUUGGGCUGGGUGGCCGGAGCGGUCGUCGUCGCCGUCCCGCUGUGGCGAGUCACCGCCUUCAUCGGCAACAACAUUGUGACAGCUCAGAUCAUCUGGGAAGGCCUGUGGAUGAAUUGCAUUGUGCAGAGUACGGGUCAGAUCCAGUGUAAAGUGUACGAUAGUCUGCUGGCUCUGCCUAGCGACAUGCAGGCUGCCCGGGGCCUCACAGUGCUCUCCAUCCUGCUGUGCGGCGCGGCGCUAGCUCUGGGGGUACUCGGGGUAAAGUGCACCAAAUGCAUCGGCGUUAACAGCCUCAAGGCCCGCAUCGCACGUAUUUCCGGUGUCCUUUUUGCCAUCGCUGGGUUCCUCUUCCUGGUGCCCGUCUGCUGGACCGCCCACUCCAUCAUCAGGGAUUUCUACGACCCGCACGUGGCAGCCCCACACAAGCGUGAACUAGGCCCGGGUCUCUACAUCGGCUGGGGGGCGUCAGCGCUGCUUCUUAUUGGGGGGUCUCUGCUGUACGCCGGCUCCAGUCCGCCUGGCAUGCCCGGUUCUCCCACUUUUAGCAGCGGGGAGAGCAGUCCUCGCAGAGCGCCAGCCUCACAGGUCAAAGGUUACGUCUAACAUCUGAAAGCAAGAUUCCUCCAACAAGCCUGAUUCACUCUCCUCUUGAUUUGAAGUAAAUUAUUUCAUAUUUAAUGUUGCUCUCAGGCUUAAAUAACCUUUUCUUCUCUGUCAACGUCCAAUACAAUAAAACAUUUGCUCUGUAAAAAUGUUAAAAUGUGCCUUUUCCCAUUUUAGCAACUCACCCUUAAGAGAUCUGGUGGACAUUUUGUGCUACUCAGUUUUUUAUAUGUAUUUUCAAGCAGUAGGUACUAGAAUAUGGAGCCAAUACAGGUGACAUUUGCCAAAGUAUAUUCAUUUUAGCCAAGAAGUUACACAUUUGUUGCUUGCGACCAAAAAUGUCCCAUUUAUUUAGACCACAUUUGUGCCUACAUAAACUAACGCAAUCCUUUACGUUGCUACAGAAAAGGCAGGUGCGUGUUUGGAAUGGUGUGUACCGUAUGUUGUUUUCACGUUAGCUUUUUUUUUUUUCUACAAAGAACAGUGUCAACAUCUUAAGUGAUCCAAGGGACGUUUUGUGCCCUUCACUUUUUUUUUCAAGCAGUACGCACAGCCAAUCUAAGUAAAACUUGCCAGAGAAUAGUCAUUUUUACAACAUUUUAACCAAAAAGUGACAUAACUGUUCCUCGUGACCAAAAAUGUCCCUUUGAAAACCAUUAAAAAUGCCAUUUUAAUACCACGUAUGUCUUAAGAUAAACUAAUGCAAUCCUUCAUAUUUGGAAUACUGUAUAUGUUGCAAUCGAUGGAAUACCUUAAGAAUACAAUGACCUGGAUGAAUGAGAAUAUUCACAGGCAUGCCGAAAAAAGUUUGUUUUUUUCACUUCAGCUUGUUACUUUUUUUUUUUUUUACAUAAAAAACAGUGGAGUUGUGCAAACAUCGUAAGCGAUCCAAGGGACAUUCGAUGCCAUUCAUUUUUUUCAAGCAGUGAGCAUAUGUAGCCGAUAUAAAUUAAAUAUGCCAGACCAUAGCCAUUUUUACGCAUUUUGUUUGGAAUGGUGUAUACUGUGUGUUUUUUUCACAUUCUUUUUUUUUCUAUAAAGAACAGUGGAGUUGUGUAAACAUCUUAAGUGAUCCAAGGGACGUUUUGUGCCCUUCACUUUUUUUUCAAGCAGUAUGCACAGCCAAUCUAGGUGAAACUUGCCAGAGAAUAACCAAAAAGUGACACAUUUGUUCCUGGUGACCACAUAUAUCCCAUUAAAACCAUACAAAUGCAUUUUUUGAUACCGCAUUUGUAAAACAUACCGGCCCAAAUCCUGAAAAUAUCUUUAAAAUUGAUACCGCAUGUAUAUUUCAAGAAGCACGUUUAAAAGAUUGAGUUGUUUAAAGUGGAAAAACAUAUUAAUAUAUUUGAUUUCAACAGCAUUUUUUUGUCCAGAGGACCCCGAGCUUUUCUUUUAAACCUGACACAGUUAAAAAAAAAAUCUUAAAAAUGUAAUUAAUUUCAGGGCAGAAUAAUAAUAAUCAAAUAGUCAAUUAAAUGUAUUUUAUUUGCAUAAUUUCUUCUGCCAGAAUGUUGUUUUUGCAUCGUCUCCACUGUAGCAGCCAAGUACAGACUAACACAAUACUCACUUGAGGAUGCACGACAGCAGGCAGCACACUAACAAUGUGUGCUAGUGUUCCAAGUGCCAGGUAGUGACUCAUACGUGACCGACGUCAGCCUGUAACAAAGUUGAUGGACACACACUGUGAAUACUGUACAGUGAGGCAGCCUGUACGAUUUUAUUGUAUAAACGAGGUCUGAAUGCUUACCACAAGCAUAGAGUGGUCAGAUUUCAAGUGUUAAU